UACUAAGGAUCAUCCAUCACCUUUGCUUUCCAAGUUCUCUGAGAUCUUCCACUUACUCAAAGUCGACCAUGGCUAUCUGCCUACCACGUAUUGUCAGCUCUAAGAAAGUUCCCAAUGGUUACUUUGCAGUUUAUGAUGGAGAAAGCCAAAGGCGGUAUGUGAUACCGGUGUCUUUCUUGAACCGUCCUUUAUUUCAAGAUUUGCUCGGCUUGUCGGAAGAAGAGUUCGAAUAUAGUCAUCCUACUGGUGGUCUAAGAAUUCCCUGCAAUGAAGACAUCUUUGUUGAUGUUACCUCUCGCUUAAAUUGAUUGUGAGAGAAUUAACACAAUCAUCCCAUACAAUUUUGUAAAGCAAACAUUUUAACAAUAUGUAAACAUUUUUCUCCAUCCCUUUUGCCUUGGGGAGCAGAAAUAAGUCUGCCUAAGUGAAAAACCAGAGAUGGUGGUUACUGUAACUUCUAUUAAUCAGUGAGGAAAAUGAUAG